AUGAAGAAAUACAAUGUAUCAUUUAUAGAUCAAUAUCCUUUAAAUUGUUAUAGAUUGAUAGAGGUAUCAAAUGAUAUAUUAAACGAUUUCAAAACAAAUGAAAAAUUGAUUAUUAAAGGAAAUGGACCAAAUGAUGAAGCAGUACUUUGUACAUCAACAAAGACCUAUUCUAUCAAAUCAGCAUUUACACCAAACUCUAUGCUGUUGUCAAUAAGGAAGAAUAAGAGUUCCAGUAGUAACACUGCUACUACAUCAUCAAUGGAUGUCGAUGAUUCAUCGUCUGCGUCGACAACAAAUAUAUCAACACCAACAAAACAAGCUCCUCCAUCAUCAUCAUCAUCAUUAUCGUCGAUAGAAAUACAUUCACUUUUACAACAACAAUAUGAAUUGACAGAGAUUCCACCAAGACUAUCAUUAUUGAAAACAACAUUACUCAAGAGACCGGUAGAGAAUGAUGAAUCAGAGAUUGACGGAUCAGACGAUUCAAUUGGUUACAGUCUAUCUGAAAUCAUAUCAUCAACUCAAGCAAGUGAAGCUGAAAUUAGACAAUAUAUUCAAGAUAAAUUACAUGUAUUUUAUAUUAAUCAAGAUCGAAUUGCACUUUUAUCGGAAACCUAUCAACACUAUUUGAUUGAUUUAAUAUUAACGGAAAUUACUAUAAAUGGAUGGUCACAUUCUAAAGUACCUUUGAAUGAAUGUAUACAAAAGAUUGAAAACCAACCAAAACAAUUAUUGGAAUAUACAUUUAGAAUUUAUGGUAGCAUUGAUAAUAGUGUCAAAGAUAAAGAGGAAAAUGAAAUAUAUUAUAAAUUGGAUACAAAUUUAAUUUGUAUAAAUAUUGCAAAUCAAUUAUUCAAGGAAAAACAAAAUUGGACAAGAGAUAAAUUUAUGGAACAAUGGAUUGAUAAAUUACCAGCAGAGAUUAAACCAUCGAUUGAUAUGUUGAAAGGUAUUGCAAUUACACCAAUCAUUGGUAAACAAACAAUGGUCAAUUAUUUAAAUGUAGAGGAUUUAUCAUUUGUUCCAAAGGAUAGAUUCGCUCAUCUAUUCAAACAAAUGCCAAAAUGGAAAUUAUCAGAAAUUGAUGUUUAUAUAAAACCAAUAGUACCACCAGAAAAUACAAUCGAACAAUACUUGACUAAAUUUACAAGAACAAUGACAGUUGACAAGGAAAAAGUAUACAUGCCAAAGUUUUAA